UGGCCUUUAUCGCUCGCCCCGCUGGUCGUUUGAAACUUUAUCAGCGAGUCUCGCCACUCGCCGCAGACGCGGGCGGGGGGCGGGGGCGCGGCGAGGCGCCGGCUGCCGUGACGAGGCGCUCCCGGCGCUGAGCGCUUCUGCUCCGGGCACGCAUGGCGCCCGCACACGGAGUCUGACCUGAUGCGGACGCAAGGGGGUUAAUAUGAACGCCCCUCUCGGUGGAAUCUGGCUCUGGCUCCCUCUGCUCUUGACCUGGCUCACCCCUGAGGUCAGCUCUUCAUGGUGGUACAUGAGAGCUACAGGCGGGGCCUCCAGGGUGAUGUGUGACAAUGUGCCAGGUCUGGUGAGCCGCCAGCGGCAGCUGUGCCACCGACACCCAGACGUGAUGCGUGCCAUUGGCCUGGGCGUGGCCGAGUGGACAGCAGAGUGCCAACACCAGUUCCGCCAGCACCGCUGGAACUGCAACACCCUGGACAGGGAUCACAGCCUCUUCGGCAGGGUCCUGCUCCGAAGUAGUCGGGAAUCUGCCUUUGUUUACGCCAUCUCCUCAGCUGGAGUUGUAUUUGCCAUCACCAGGGCCUGUAGCCAAGGAGAAUUAAGAUCCUGUUCCUGUGAUCCAAAGAAGAAGGGGACCGCCAAGGACAGCAAGGGCACUUUCGAUUGGGGUGGCUGCAGUGAUAACAUUGACUAUGGGAUCAAAUUUGCCCGAGCGUUUGUGGAUGCCAAGGAAAGGAAAGGAAAGGAUGCCAGAGCCCUGAUGAAUCUUCACAACAACAGAGCCGGCAGGAAGGCUGUAAAGCGGUUCUUGAAACAAGAGUGCAAGUGUCAUGGAGUGAGCGGCUCGUGCACUCUGAGGACGUGCUGGCUGGCCAUGGCCGACUUCAGAAAAACGGGCGAUUAUCUCUGGAGGAAGUACAAUGGGGCCAUCCAGGUUGUCAUGAACCAGGAUGGCACUGGUUUCACUGUGGCUAACAAGAAGUUUAAGAAGCCAACAAAAAAUGACCUUGUGUAUUUUGAGAAUUCUCCAGACUACUGUAUCAGGGACCGGGAUGCAGGCUCCCUGGGUACAGCAGGCCGCGUGUGCAACCUGACUUCCCGAGGGAUGGACAGCUGCGAAGUCAUGUGCUGCGGGAGAGGCUACGACACCUCCCGUGUCACCCGGAUGACCAAGUGUGAGUGUAAGUUCCAUUGGUGCUGUGCCGUGCGCUGUCAGGACUGCCUGGAGGCCCUGGAUGUGCACACAUGCAAGGCCCCCAAGAGUGCCGACUGGGCAUCUCCCACAUGACCCCAGCGAAGGUUGCCAUCCACCUCUCCUCCUGCAAGGACUCCGUUGGCUCUGCAAGGACUCUGGGUCUUUGGGUUCUCUCGGGAAGGUAUUCCUAAGGCAUGUGGCCUUUGUCUCAUCAGAAGCCCCUUCUCCCUCCCUGGGGGCCCCAGGACUGCGGCCACAUGCUGCACAUACAGCAUGCCCUGUUCUCUCUGACUUCCAGCAUCCUGGGGCACAUCUCCUCCUGGUCAUGACAGGCUGUUGGAAGGCAAGAGGGGUGGGCCCAGCUCACUGUCUCCACCCUCCUAGAAGUUUUGCCUUUCUAGAGCAGUUGGCCAGAGGGGAAUAGUGUCUCAAAGGAGCUUUUUCUGUAUCUUCCAACAAAUGCUCACAGUUAAUAAAUUCCAUGCUUCUCUCUGGAGGGUAAAGUAAAGAAAGCAGGAUCAGCUGUCACUGAGUUAACUUUAAUUCUUGAAAAGACCAAGCAAGGCUUUUGCCUGAUCAAGUGAUUUUCACGGCCACCACCUUCAGGGGUAGUUGGUAAGUGCCUGGAGAAUGAUGGCUUUCAAUAAAUUUUAGGUUUAAAAUGCAUGUUUUUCAAGGCAUUUAUUGCCAUAUUGAAAUCUGAUGUGACCAGGUGGGACUGCUGUCCUUGGGCAAGUUUUGAAUCUUUGCAAUAGCAAAAGCCGCAGAAAGUGAUUCCUUUGCGAUACUGUCCCCUCAAUAUAAAGAAGCUUUAGGGAAUGAGGCUUUCUUCUCACUCAGGAUCUGAAGGGAUUUAAAAAGAAGAUUGACAAUCUGGCAGCAUCCUGUAUCUACUGGGUGGAGAUGGAGGAAAAUACCUUAGUGAGUGGAAGACAAGAAAAUGUGUCUGUGCAGAUAAGGAAAACAAGGGGGAAUAACAUUCCUAUGUGGUAUGGUGCAUGUGAGCCGUGGAAUUUUGUAACUGAAAUGGUUUUGAGAAUGACAACUUCAGGGCUGACAAGAUCAGGGAACGAAAAUGCUGACAAGAGGUUUCCAGAGAGUCAUGCCUGGACAGCCUUUACCAUAAGCAGAUGCCCAAAAGAAGUUGACUGUGUUUACCAUCAUUACCCUUCAAGCACAUUUUAAAGACCUGUCAUAUUAAAUUGUGUUCAUCUGACACUUACAAGACGACGAGAUAUCAUAGCCUAAAGCAAAUGACACACAGACUUGCCUGUAAAGUCGGUAACCCUGGUAUAUUAUACUGCAAACAAAUCGUAACUUGGAGACUAUAUUUAAGGGACCCAGCUGUAAUUGUGGGAACAUGAAUAUGCAAGUUGUAGUUGGCUUCUGCCACGAGCCAAAAGAUGACAUCUAGGGGAAAUAGAGAGGCCGCCUGCCCCAUUUUGGAUAAGAAAUGAAGGAAAGGUGAAAUAUAGGAAGCUGCUUCUCAUCUGCUUCUACAAUUAGGUUCUUGUUCUCAAUGUGAUGCCUUCACAGAGUUACAUUAACUAACAGGGUGUUUCGUUAUAUGCAUCUCGUGUCAAAUUAUUGACAUCUCCUCAUUUAAUACUUUGGCCUUCAGGUUCUCUAUCCUUGCUUUACAGCAGGACAUUUAGGCUGAGGCUCAUGGAAAGCAACAUGCUGGAGGAUUUUGUCAUAAUUGAUAUUUGCCUCCUAGCCCUCUUAAAAAUGACAGCAUUCAUCUCUUUUCCCUCAUUCCCAAACCGCAAAAUUUCUUGUCUAAUUUUUCCAAAGUGGCUCGUUCUUCUUUUUAUUCUAUGGAUUAAGAGGGUGGGAACAGUGGAGCAUGACAGUAGCUGCUCUGAGCUCUGUGUGGGCCUGUAGGGUGAGUGGGAAGGCCAGGCAAGUGGGCUCAGUCUUAGUUACACUGAAACUUGCUGUGAAUGUCUUCCUGCAAGGAUGAAGGGACUUUCAUGAGGAUCCCAAAGCCAUCCGCCCUUCUUCCUGCUGGAUGAACUGUGAAACCAUAAAUCUGUGGAUAUAUUUAGACAUGGAAAUUGACUUAGAGGACAUCUCAGCUCCCUCAAUUUGUAUCUGUGGAAACUGGGACUACGAGAGGUGCAGGGAUCUGUACAAAUAUCAGCCUUUACCCCAGCACUCCAUCACAAAUAGGACCACACUCCAACAGUGUUCAAGAAAGUUAAGCACUUUAUCUAUUAAAUGAAACUAGUCUGUCUCAGAAGUAACUCAGUGGAUUCUAAAUAAUGUUAGCAUCCAAAGGGGAGGUUCAUUGUCUUUUUAUUCCUGGGAUGUUUAGAUCUUUCUUUCUAUUCUGAAAUGCAUCCUUCCUGAUAAAGAGCAAGGAGACAAGGCAUAUCCAUGUAGAAACCUACAUAAAUUGUCCUAAUCUGUAAGGGAGACUCUGGCAACCAUCUCAAGCAUCAGUGUGUGUGGCCAUUGUGGAGGGCAUUAUAAGAGAGUGAAAUAUUCUUAUCUGCUUUUAUUUCUGAAAGAGGAAAUCGCCAUUAUUUGAAAAAAAAUGAAGAAAAGAAACAGGUGAAGAUAAUUUCAAAUUCAUUUUAUUUAGGGCUUGGUGGAGGAUCAACAUUCCAUGAUUCUAAAAUGUACUAAACUCUUGAUUAUCUGAGGCUUUUAAGGGAAGGCAUGGCAUGAAUUACCCAAAACAAAAUAAUAAGAGAAUCUAUUCAAGUCAAAUCCCCUUACAAAUUCCCUCUCAAUAAAAAUCUUAUUAUAAAUCGAAGCUUUCUAGGCCCAAGAUGAUAGCCAUUAAUUUUCUGCAUUAUCUGAAAAAGUUCCACACAAUCAGAGAUCUUGACUGGUUCACAGGAAUUUUCUUCAAUAAAGAUAUAAUCUGCACGUGACUCUGAGACCAGCAAAUGGGUUGUUUUCUUCAGUACAUUUGCCUCCCUAAAUCAGUCUGUGGUACCGACUGAUCUUUGUCUGUAUUCUGUGAACACAGUUUGUCAAGGCACAUUCUAAUUACAGCAUCCUGGACAGCCCCUCAGGCUCUGAAAGCGUCAAUGCCCUGCCCGAAGAGACCCCCCUCCAAUGGCUUAAGUUUAAGCACAAAAGCCCCAGUGCCAAGACCACCCUCAGUUCUGGCUCUGUGCUCCUUGGGGCUGGGGGCCCUGGCAUGUUAUUGGACCACAGAUGCUUCAGGGUGGAAGUGGGAGAGACAUAGGGCAUCUCAGAACACUGACUCUCUUAUACAGAUGUCACUGGAUUGGAAUGAGCAUCCCAGAAGGACCCAUCAGAUGGCAAUUUAAUCUGCAUGGGGCCAGAUGAUGGGAGGGGGAAUGAGAGGGAAACAGCCAGACAGCUGUUGCCAAGUGAGUGGCUGAGCUUGGUCAUGGCAGAGAGUGGCUUUUUCAGCUCUUGUUGGUAACCUCCACUUUUCCUCCUGCUGUUGCUUCCCUGUCCCCUCCCAGCACCUACUACCAGACGCAUAGGGAGACCCAGAGGCUGAGGCCUCAGGCCACUGCUCAGAUCCCCCAUACCUGUUGUGUAGCUCUGCUCCAGGCCACCAACGUUAAUUUCAAUAGAUGUUUUCAAUUGUCAUAACAUAUUCCUUUUUCUUGGAGUUUUUACAAAGCUUGAAAACAUGAGGUAUCACGUUUCUUUUUCAAAGAAGGUAGGUUUACAGUCAGAAAAUCCAGCUUCACCUCAGCAUUUCCUAACCCUAUGAAUUUACUAAGGAAUCUUAACAUCGACCCUCUGAGACCUACAGCGGGCCUCUCUCUCAGAAGCAGCCAACAUGACCAUGCUUGCGCUUGUGCUUGGCAGCAUUCUCAGGCCAGGAUAUUGUUAUUCCUUCUCAUUUCUUAAAGGCUGGCCCGGGGCUGGUGUUGUUUCGCUCAGGUGAAAAACAUUCAUCUCCCCUCUUGCCCACUCUCAAAAUAAAGGCUCAAAGAGGUGUCCAAUGGACCAGAACCAUUCCUUUGUGUCUAUUUACUAUACUUCAACCUGGGUUCCCUUAUCUUCAGAGCAAAAGUUGUACUCUUAACAAAUAGACCUCGCCAGUUCCAAAGCUGGUAAAUGCUUCUGUCAGGCCUGUGCCGACUUCUGAAAAGCAAUGCCCGGGUGUCAGCUGACAGCUCAGACGUGCUUCUUUCGACCUUCUCCUUACCUAGGCAGAAAAAACUUUCACUCAUCCAUGAGAAUGUUCUUUACAUUUUUCUGGGGAUCAGCAAGGUGACAGGUGGUUUGCAAAGCCCAACAUGAUCAUUAUUUUUCUAAAUCAUAGUUGUUCCAGCUCUAGUUUUUUUUUUUCCUGAUAUUCACAUGGAUUCCUGUUUAACCAAACCUCCCACUUCCACAAGCUAAUAAAAGUGUCACGCAGAUUGUUACAAAGAACUAUUGUUAUUUACAAGUCUACAUUUUCUGUGAAAUCAAAACAUAAUAAAGA